CUCCGCCGUCGACACUCCGCAUCAACUACAGCUGCUGUUCUCCCGGACGACGUUCCCCAUGCCACCGACCGAAAAGAGCCAUCUCAAGCGAGGCCGGCCUAGUCAAGGCGAACAGCUUGAGCCCAAGAAGCCUCGCCGCACCGAGCCUAACCUUCAGCCGCACGAUCAACAUGGUCUCUUGAAGCAGGGCCCGCUACCUUCUCCCAUCACCCAAAAGGGCUCCACCGCAACCGAGGAUUUCAAAGAAGGCACCGUGACACCUCCCACCGAACACUCCAGUACGGGCAACCACUCCCAGGCCGUCCGCAGCCCAAGGCGAGGCGCUGGUGGUCUCUCCUCUCCGCCCCAAGACACGCAGCCGUUCUCGCAAUUCAUAUACCCUCCCAACAGCCGCGCAUACGCAGUAGACGAUGAAGAGGGAGAAGGCGUCUGGGGGUAUCUGGUGCCGCUAGACACUCGCUCCGGCGAUGUCCUGGUCCUCCGUCGGCGCGCCGCUUGCCCGGUUCCUUCCAGCAAGAUCGGCAGCACGUCUGGACGCGAGAAAGUGGACCCCAAGACCUUCAAGAAAGAAGAGGAGACCUACGAGAGCGAGAAAGCUGAUCACGGUGUAACAUCCGGUGGCUAUCUUAUCGGACGUCACCCUGAAUGUGAUCGCCAACUUUCAUCUCCCACCGUUUCAAACCGGCAUUGUCUCCUUUUUCCCGAGAACAAGGGUGGCGAUGCAAUCGCCGUGCUGGAGGAUCUGUCAGGCAAUGGCACUUUUGUCAACGAGUCGAUAGUUGGUCGGAACAAACGUCGUGAACUACACGAGGGUGACGAGAUUAGUAUUCUGGACGAGGCGCGCUACGUCUUCAGGUACCCUCUUUUCCGCGACACAAAUGGCUUCCGACAACAGUACACCAUCCAGAGACAGUUGGGCAAAGGCCAUUUUGCCUCGGUGUAUCUGUGCGUGGAAAAGAACAGCGGUAUCAGGUACGCCGUGAAGAAGUUCGAAAAGCGAUCGGGGCCUGGAGAAAAGUCAAAAAUGGAUGGUCUACAGCAGGAAAUUGCCGUUCUGAUGGGUGUAAGCCAUCCUGCAUUACUUUGUCUCAAGGACACUUUCAACGAAGAUGAUGGGGUUUAUCUCGUCCUGGAACUAGCCGCCGAAGGCGAGCUGUUCAAUGCUAUCGUACUGAAACAGAAAUUGACGGAGACGGAAGCCCGCAAGAUAUUCAUCCAGCUGUUUCAAGGGGUUAAGUACCUCCAUGAACGAAACAUUGUUCACCGAGACAUUAAACCCGAGAAUAUCCUGCUCACAGACAAGGAGCUUCAUGUCAAGCUCGCGGAUUUUGGCCUCGCCAAGAUCAUAGGUGAAGAGUCCUUCACAACCACACUAUGCGGAACACCUUCCUACGUUGCGCCUGAAAUAUUGGAAAGCUCCAAUCAUCGGCGAUAUACAAGAGCGGUGGACGUAUGGUCACUUGGUGUGGUUUUAUACAUAUGUUUGUGCGGUUUCCCUCCAUUUUCAGACGAGCUCUACAGCACAGAGAAUCCGUAUACGCUAUCGCAGCAGAUCAAGAUGGGACGCUUCGACUAUCCAUCGCCGUAUUGGGACUCGGUUGGGGAUCCGGCGCUCGAUCUCAUAGACCGGAUGCUUACCGUGGACGUGGACGCUCGCAUCUCCAUCGACGAGUGUCUGGAGCAUCCUUGGACUACUCAAGCCAAGAUCAACCCCAACGACAGCACCGACGGCUUGACGGGUGCGAUUGCCAGUCUCGAUUUUGCGAAGCGCAAGAUUCACCGCGAACGCACUCUGCUCAGCAGCAUCAACGACAUCGCUGUAGCUCGUGUGAUCGAGGGCGAAGGUGGGCAACCGGCAGUCAAAGUAUACGAGAAGAACAAGGGCAAGAAUGGAGUCAAGAGCAGCAAGGACGCGGCUGUCAAGGAGGCAACUCCAGCUGCGAAUCGCAAUCCGGACGAGUUCAUCGAGAUGGGGGGUAAAGGGGACGAGCAGCUAUUCGAUACGGAGGAUGGAUCGCACUAUCCUGCAGACCAGACAGUAGCAGCAAGAGAGACGGGGUGA